AUGAUGGAGUCCAACAGCAAAGACAAGUCCUUCGGCGCCGCGUUUCUCACAACGCACAAGAGUAACAUCGCGCUAUGGUCGGGCUUUGUCGUCGUCGUGUUCUUCUGCUAUCACUUGUUCAGCGACGGCGACUUUUCGUUCUUGAUGACCAUGGGCGCGUGCGUGCGCGCCUUCGGCUUUGCCUUCUUGAUCUUCAAGGCGUUCUCGCAGCGCUCGGUGGCUGGUCUGUCGCUCAAGACGCUGGAGCUCUAUGCGUUCGUGUUCCUCUUUCGCCUCAGCUCCAUCUUGCGGUACCAGGGGUAUCUGCCCUACGACCGGAGCGGGGACUGGCUCUACUCGUUUCUGGAAAUCGCAGCGCUCUCGCUCUGUUGCGGGGUCAUUUACCUCGUGACCGUGCGCUACAACUCGACGUACGAGCUGCGGUAUGACACGUUUGGAUGGCUCCACCUGCCGACAGAGCUCGGGGCACUCUACAUCCUCUUGCCGUGUAUGCUGUUUGGCAUGCUCAUUCACCCCAACUUGAACCGCAAUUGGCUCUCGGACGUCUCCUGGACGAUUGCACUGUACAUUGAGGCCGUCGCGAUCUUGCCGCAGCUGUUUAUGUUUCAGAAGCGGGGCGGUGGCGCGGUGGAGUCGUGUAUCUCGCACUUUGUGUACGCACUGGCUUUCGGCAGCUUCUUGCAUCUUGUGUUCUGGUUCUCGUCGUACCACGAACUUGGCGAAAAAGACGCGGGCCAGCACGUUGGCUACACAGUGAUUUUCGCUCAGAUCGGCCACAUGCUGAUGAUGGCGGAUUUUCUAUACUACUACUUCAAGAGCAUGAAAGAAGGAGGUCCAAUGAUGCUUCCUUCGCAUGGCGCCUACCAGGUGUAG